AUGGGUUCUGAAUCUGAAUCCGCUAUAGAUGUAUCAGACCUAAUUUGUAAAAGCUGUUUCAUGAUUGCAAAGUAUUCAUCUUCAGUUUUUGCUGCUACAAGUUGGGCUGAAAGCAUGCAACUUUUGGGCCAGGAAGAGGAAAAAACUAAAAAGGAACUGGAAGAGGAAACAAAGAAGAAAAAAAAGUUACCAAAGCCAUAUCAACCUCCUCUACCUUUUCCCCAGAGAUUCCAGAAGGCUAAAUUGGAUAAACAUUUUGGAAAGUUUUUAGAAGUUUUACAGAAACUCUACAUUAACAUUCCUUUCACAGAAGCACUUUCUCAUAUGUCAUUCUAUGCUAAGUUCCUUAAAGAAAUUCUUUCAAAGAAAAGAAGGUUGGAAGACUAUGAAACUAUUGCUCUUAUAGAGGAAUGCAGUGCCAUAUUGCAAAACAAUCUACCACCAAAACUCAAGGAUCCAGGAAGCUUCUCCAUACCUUGUCUUACUGGCAACAUAAAUAAAAACAAGAUGCUCUGUGAUCUAGAUGCAAGUGUGAGUCUGAUGCCUCUAUCAAUAUGUCAAAAGCUGGAUGUAGGAGAGCUCAAACCCACAACAAUUUCACUGCAAUUGGCUGAUCGGUCUGUCAAGUACCUGAUUGGCAUCCUAGAAAACAUCCCAAUCAAGGUAGGAAAAUUCUUCAUUCCUAUUGAUUUUGUUGUCCUGGAGAUGGAAGAGGAUGUCUAA